ACUCUGAAAGUACAAAGUAAAAUAAUCUGACAAUAGAAAUUUUUAAAAUUUUAUUAAAGUAAUUUAGUGCGAUUAUGACCAACUUGAUAUGCGUUUCCUUAGCUGGAUUACUCCACGUGAUCCAAUUCCUGGCGUUUUAUUCCAGAAGUGCCAAUACUCCGGCACCGAAACUACCCUCGCUAUUUGUGGGUCUUGCUGCGAUGGAUAUUAUAUGGAACAAUUGCUUCGUUCCCCGGGCACUUCAAAAUAGGACGGCAGUGAUCAGGUGGAUAUACGAAUUGAUAGUGUCAUACUUGCUUUUGGAGUUUGUGCAGAUGUUUUGGAAGCCAGUGGAUAAUAUAUGUGUCGUCCUGAUGAGACUCAUAAUACUCGGCACUGGCAUCGUCUCGGAGACCAACUAUGAAAACUACGAAAGCUACUGGGUGGGCUUUCUUACCGUGCCGUUGUCCCUUCUGAUCCUAGCAAUAGCCAGCCAAGCCACUGACCUUUUUCCCGUGUUACGCGGUUACAAAAUGCAAAAUGUGGUGAUAGUUCAGCUGCAGUGGAAGGGGGCCUUGAGGUACAUCAAUCGCAAUCCGACAAAGAGGCUGCGCCGCAUCGUUCCGAUUCUGAGAGAGCACAGGGAUCAGGCACGCCGACAGCGUCAGCAAUAAAGUGAAACUUGUGAUAAUUGGAUUUGUUUAUUUUAUGCAAGAAAUAAAAAG